UCUGCAGCAAGCACCGCGUCUCGGAACCGUGUCAGCACUCGGGAGUGCACCUAGUACUGCACCUGCUUCGUCUGUCUCCUGGCGAGGACAGGCCCGGUCCCCAGAGCCAGCUCUUCAGGCAGCAAGUCCCAGAGACCAUUAGGACAGACACAAAGCCCGACCUUCCACACUCAGGGCUCCCAAUCCCCCAGGACCAGCUGGUCGAUUGACCGUUCGCUUCUGGGCUGGGGGAGCCACUUUCCUGUCUGUUAUUCCCAGGUGUUGGUUUUUUUUGUUUUGGUUUUUGGUUGUUGUUGUUUGUUUUGAGACAGGAUCUCACUAAAUUGCCAAGGCUGGCCUCGAACUUGCAAUCCUGCCUUAGCCUCCCAAGUUGCUGGGAUAACAGGUGUGGACCACUGCUCCUGUCUUACCUGUAUUGGAUCGAACUGUUUUCCACUUUCCUGGCAGCUUCCUGGACUCCUUCCCUCCAAGCCUUUAUCCGCAAGGCAUCCUCCUGAUCUCAGCUCCUAUGACCUUCUCCUCCCAUGAAGCUUUCCUGGAGCCCCCACCCCUUACCUACUCUUGGUCUCAGGGUCUCCUCUGUCCUGGCCUUGGCUCCUGGGCUGGGCCUUGUAUCUGUCUCUCCUUAGCCAGGCCCUCUUGAAUGACACUUUGAUCCCUCCUUUUCUGUAGGUCCCUCUUGGUGAUUCCUAAAAGACCCUCUGAAACAAGAAUGCCAUCCCCACUGAGGUCCCCACACCAGUCCCUCAGUAAUCUUGAGACCACCCUUGAGGAGCCUGAGGCUGCACGACUGAAAUUCCGUGGAUUCUGCUACAAAGAGGUGGCAGGGCCCAGAGAGGCCCUGACCCGGCUGAGAGAGCUGUGUCGCCAAUGGCUGCGGCCUGAGUCAUGUUCCAAGGAACAGAUGUUAGAGCUGUUGGUGCUGGAACAGUUUGUGGGCACACUGCCCCCUGAGAUCCAGUCCUGGGUGCAAGGGCAGCGGCCAGGCAGCCCUGAGGAAGCUGUAGCUCUAGUUGAAGGGCUACAGCAUGACCCUGGGCAGCUGUUGGGCUGGAUCACAGCCCACAUCCUGAAGCCAGAGGUGCUUCCUGCAGCCCAGAAGACAGAGGAGUCCUCAGCAAGCCCCUGCCCCUCAGGAACAGUGGAGUUCUCUGGGGCAGCCCCUGGAGAGGGUCCACAUAAUGCCAGGAUGGAAGGGUCUACCCAGCUCAGCUGCAGUGUGAAGGAGGAGCCCAGUGCUGAUGGGCAGCAUGUGGCACCUCCCAGUCCACUGCUUCCAACCCAGUCUCCCAAGGGGCAUCUUAGACACCAGGACACAGCCUCCACUUCCUUCCACCCACCCAGGAUUCAGGAGGACUGGGGGCUGCUGGACCCGUCACAGAAGGAGCAGUACUGGGACGCGAUGCUGGAGAAGUACGGCACGGUGGUCUCGCUGGGGCUGCCACCCCCGCCAGCCAAAGAGCGGGCUGAAUCCAAGUCAGAGCCUGACCGUGAGCCAGAGCUGGGGACACCAUGCUCCGGACCCGAGGUUGGUGAGAGCCGCUGCCCAGGCGAGCGCAGCCUGAACCACCCAGAAGUCGGGGCUGAGGUGGACACUCCUGGGCGCAGCCAGGUCUGCACAUCCCCGCCACCAGCACUGCCACUCCCGUUCUCCCCCGCGCAGCCGAAGCCCUACGUGUGCCCGCAGUGUGGCAGGGGCUUCGACUGGAAGUCCGUGUUCGUCAUCCACCACCGCUCACAUGCAGGAGGCCCCUGUCCCGAGAGGCCACCACAGGCACCCCAGGAGCCAGUGGCACGACCCCCGCGGCGCCCGGUGGGGCCUCGGAGCUAUACCUGUGAGGAAUGUGGGCGGAGCUUCAGCUGGAAGUCGCAGCUGGUCAUCCACCGGAAGAGUCAUGCUGGCCAGCGGCGCCACUUUUGUAGUGACUGCGGCCGCAGCUUCGACUGGAAGUCCCAGUUGGUCAUCCACAGGAAGAGCCACCGGCCUGAGGCCCCUUGAGCAGGAGGGCUGCCCUCCUGGGGGGCGGUAGAGGGGGGACACCUGUGGGCCUCUGGGCCUAGAUAGAGCACCCUGGGGGCCAACUCCAGCCUACUGGAAACUCAGAGGACAGUAAGGAACUCUGGACCUGCCCCCAAAAGUCCACCUGGGAGUGAGGGAAAGCUGCUCUGUUCCUCCUGCCCUGCCUUCUAGACGAGGCCUGGGUGGGAAUCCAAGCUGAGUGGUGACUGUGGGGUGAUCACCAAGGCCUCCCUACCUGAGGUAUAAAAGCCCAGGACACGCCCUCCUCCUGGGACCUCUUGCUCAAAAACUGCCUUGCUGCCCCUUCCUACAGAAGUCCCUGUGGAAGGUGGCAGUAAGCUCAGAAAAGCACAGCUGAUGUCUGUCCUGCUGUGUGAGACCCCUGGACCUCCAUGUGCACGUUUCAUCCUUAGCAUAAAUUAUAGGUUUUUAGCAGUGCCAGCAGUAGCCAGUCAAGUCUUUUUACAUUACAUCACCGCCACUCUUCUGCCUGUCUUCCACUUAUAAGGAGGACCUUUGUGAUGACUUUGGGCCCACUUGGAUGCUUCAGUCUCCCAUUUCAAGGUCUUCCUCCAAGACUCUUCACUUCCGGGGCUUCUGGUUAAGCCCACUUGGGGCCCAGAAACACUCUCCACUGCCAGAGCUGACCCCAUGAUUGGCGAGCUGGGAUUUGACCUGGGUCUGUCUCACUCUGGAAGCAUCUGUGGUGUGGUGUUCCUGACUGUAAAAAGAGGCAGGGAGUUCAGUGGCACAUGCUUAUAAUUCCAGCUACUUGGAAGCUGAGAAAGGAGGAUUGCAAGUUCAAGACCAGCCUGGACAACUUAGCAAGACCCUGAAAAUCAACCAGUCAAAAGUUUUGAGGACUGUAGAAUUUGUUGUGAAAUGCAUAGAGCAGGCUGUGGGUAUAACUUGAUGAUACAACACUUGCCUAGCAUGCUUGAGGCCCUGGGUUCCAUCCCCAGUACCAUCACACACACACACACAAAAUUACAUAGGAGGCCCCUUAACCUGACUCAGUUCCAGGGCUUGAGAGACCCUGUUUAGGGUAAAAGCCUAAAACCAUGAAACAAUGGGAGUGUGGAGGUGAAGGCAGUUCAUAACUUAUGUUGCUGGUGCAAGUUUACAAGCCUUUUGUUUUCAGAGCAGACAAGGGCAUCACAACCCUGAAUAGGAUAGUCCUCUGGCCCGUCCCUCUCCAGGCUAUAGAAGCUUGUUAAAGCAGAAACUCACAUGAUGGUAGACAACAAAGUUGUAGAACAAAUAAAUCCAAAAGCUAGCUCUUUGAAAAGACCAAUAAAUAAAAUAGAUUAAAGCAUUUUGAA